AUGCGCAGGAUGGCGGAGGAGAUACAGCCGAUCAAGGAGCAGAGCUCCUGGAUAUUAAGUUGGCUUCCCUCAUGGUGCCCCACGUCUCCCUCUCAGCUGAAAGAUGCAGAAGAGAAAAUGCUCAAGUGCGUGAAGCGGCCUUUCUCCAGGCAGCACGUCCGCAUAUCGAACAACAACUAUCUGUGGACGUUAGCUUUUUCCACUCAGCCACACUCGCUCCCCCAUCCCCCUGCCCGGCCCAGGUCCCCUCUGGUUCUGCUGCAUGGAUUCGGAGGUGGAGUUGCCCUUUGGGCCCAAAACUUGGACACUCUCUCCAGCUGUGGACCGGUCUACACCCUGGAUCUGCUGGGCUUUGGCAGGAGCAGCCGCCCCGAGUUCACGACCGACCCGGAGGGGGCUGAGGAGCAGUUUGUGGCAGCCCUGGAGGAGUGGAGGGAGAGGGUGGGACUGGAGGAAAUGGUGCUGCUUGGACACAACCUUGGAGGAUACCUGUCUGCUGCCUACACACUCAGAUACCCACACAGGGUAAAACACCUGCUGCUCGUAGAGCCGUGGGGGUUCCCAGCACGUCCCGAGAACCCCAACUACAACUCCAUCCCAGUGUGGAUCAGAGCCAUGGGGGCUGUCAUGAGCCCCUUCAACCCUCUGGCCGGACUCAGACUGGCUGGGCCUCUAGGUCCAAUGCUGGUCCAGACCAUCAGGUCAGACUUUAAGCAGAAAUACUCUUCAGUGUUUGAUGACAACACAGUAUCUGACUACAUCUACCAUCUGAAUGCCCAGACUCCAAGUGGAGAGACGGCCUUCAAGAACAUGACCAUUCCAUAUGGCUGGGCUAAGAGGCCCAUGCUGGAGAGGAUUGGCCAGGUCCAGGCAGGCAUCCCCAUUUCCUUUAUCUAUGGAUCACGCUCCAGCAUUGACAGCGACUCUGGGUACGCGUUCAAGAAAACCAGACCAGAUGUGGAAAUUAGGGUGAUCAGAGGAGCGGGCCAUUAUGUUUUCGCCGACCAGCCUGAGGACUUCAACCAGGCAGUCCUCCAGAUCCUUGCCAAGACGGAGAAGAAAAGUGAAGAUUUGGGAACGAAGCAGCAAGAACCUCCUCAUUCAGAUGAUGCACAGGAGGGCCCAGGGUUUAACUGACUCAAACCUGCGACACAGCCUCAACAGUUUAACUGAAAGCCUCUUAAUCGUGCACUUUACUCUGAAGAGAGACCCAUCCCUGGCUGAGGACACUUUACUCGUCAUUCCACAAUCUAACACUCCCUAAGCCUUGGGAUCAAAGGUCAGAUGAUGCCACUGGCCUCAUGUAAAGAAGUUUUAUAAAUAAAUGUGAG